UACAAAUUGGCCCCCAUCCCUCGCUUAUCCCUCGUCCAAUCUUCUCUACUUCACCUCUCUCAUCUCUCUCUCUCUCUCUCUCUCUCUCUACAAACUAAAACUUCACCAUAAAAUUUCAAGAAAACAAACCUAGUUCAUCAUCCACAACACUAUAAAUUUCAACUCUUUUCUCUCACUACAAAACCAACAUGUCGACUAUAAUCUGCCAGAAUCUCAUCUCCUGCAUCGAGCCACAGCUCGCCGAGACCACCACCACCCUAAAGCUCAGAGUCGCGGCGGCGCCGCCUCCCGCCGCCUUGGAGCCGUGCAGAAGGCUCGCCGCCGGCGAUCACCUCGAGCUCGGAAGCUGGGGUUUUCUCCAAAACAAUCUUCAAGAAUCGUCAUCACCCAUGAAUAAAGAUUGCUCCUACACACACCCUUUAUCCAAGAACUCGAAAUUGAGCCCUAAAUCCCUAGAAUUAUGCACCGAGAAUUUGGGGAGCGAAUCCGGCUCCGACACCUUCUCCGACUGCAGCAGCAUUUUCUCCGCCUCGCCGCCGCUCAGCCCCACCUCCAGCUCCGGCGACGAUCACCGAGCCUUCGCGCUCGACGAUUGCAGGCAGAAGAUGAGAACCUCGCCGACGGGCGACAAGUAUUGCCGGAAAAUCAAGAACUUCCCGCCGCCGCUGACGACAAUGAGCGGCGCGAGCUCGCUGCAGGUGCGCCGCCGCAGCGACGGCGGCCGGCUGAUCAUAGACGCGGUGGAGGGGCCGUUCAGGAACUCCUACCUCCACGCGGAGAGGAGCGACGGCAGGCUGAAGCUCUGCUUCACCACCGCCGCAGCCGCCGCGAGCGGCGGCGGAGAGGAGGAAAGUGAUGAGGCGGCCGAAUGCGGCGCCGCGGAGGGCGAAAUUGAGGAGCCCAGAAUCGGAUUUGAAUCGGAGAAGGAGGAAUUGGAUGGGGAAAUGAAUUUGUUGGAGAAAUUUCAGAGGUUUAGUAGGUGCAAAGAAGGCGGCGGCCAUGGAAGCCAAGAACUGUGCAGUAACUGGAAACCUGCAACGCUUUGGGUCGCAACUUCCUAAUUAAAUAAUUUUUUUUUACCUAAUUUUUCUAAGAUUUUUUGGAUCUACAAAUUUUACUUUUGUUGGAUCUUUUUCUUGGGGGGUGGAUUUGAGCUUCUUUUUUUUCCUAAUUAAUUUUUUUUUUGGCUUUUUAUUUUGGGGUGGAUUGGAAUUAUGGGGUGUGGUUUGGCAAUCAUUUGUGAUGAUUGGACAUUGGAGUUUGGACAUGAUCUUGCAUGUUUUUACCACCCUAGCUAAAAAUCCCUUUGACAAUUAAUUAAUGUAGUAAUAUUUU